AUGUCCAACAACAAGAUGCGCCCUGAAGAUCUUCCCAUGUGGCUUCCCCUCCGAGAGGGGUGUGAAUGGGACUCGAUCUUCAACAUGCACGAGUGCUUCGACCCGGAGUACGACACGCUCCCACUCGCGCUUCUCCGACUGGCUUUCUGGGCUUUUGCGGUGAGCCCGCGGUUCCUGUGGUGGUUGCUGAUGCUGUACCACUUCCAGAGGUUGAUCAACGCCUCCAGGACCGUGGUGCUCCUGCAGUCCGUCACGGCGGCGGCCCUCUACCUGAUCCCCUGGAUCUGGCAGAGCGACUACUCACGUCUGAGGUCGCAGACAGAGCCUUUCUUUGCCGAUUGCUGGCAGCUCUGGCUCCUCCUUUCCUCGCCAAACAUUUUGUUUUCGGCGUACCACCUCCCCGGAACCAUCCGGGACGGCAUAGUUCUCGCAAGAGACUAUGCCUACCGCUGCAUGGACCUGGAGAUUCUGUUUCCAGAGCCGGGUGAGGUGAACCUCGACGCCGAUCCCAGGGACACGGAUGGGGAAGCCUUCUUUAAGAAGCUCCUCGCCGAGGACCGGGAGAGGCGUCGCAGGAGGGAGAGUGAGGAGCAAGCCACACGAGAGAACGAGUUGGCGAUGCGGGAACAGGAACGGGAGGUGAGGGAGAGGGAGGCAGUAAGGCAGAAGGACCUUGAGGAGCGACGACGCGACGAGGCUGCCAGACAGAACCAGCAGCGAAGGGGUUAUGACCCCGACGCUGCUUGGGCCGGUCUGGCGGCCAUCUUUCGUCGAUCUGACCGUCGUUGGCGUCCUCGAGUUCCGGAGCCUGAACCCGAGCUCGAACUCGCCAGGGUCAAGGUGCAGGACCCUAGGUCGAAGGGUUCUCGAAAGGUCACCGCGUUUUACAGCCGCGGUACCCAGACGGAGCCUCGAGAUCUUCCCGGGGAGCGAGCAUCGGGCGAGGCAACCUCAUCGAGGUAUACCUCAAACGGUGUUCAGACGGACUCAAUGACCGAGGAGAAGCAGCACAAGGCCCCUGCUUCCAAGCCACAGGAGAAGGCCGCUUCAUCUCCCGCAAGGGAUCCUCAACCUUCGAGACCGACUCCCACUCCUGCUCCAGAGUCUCCCAUGGUCAAGCCGCCGACCGACGAAGAGCCCUCCGAGAGGCCAGAGCCGCCUGUGUCGGCUUCCCCCAGACCCUCCGCGCCCAGAUCAUCGGCGUCUCGACAGCAUGUCUCGUCUCCGUCUACGAGAACGCUGUUCGAGACGAGGGUGUCGACCAACCUCCAAGGUCGUCGCCCUCGUAGCCAUGUGAAGGCAACGAGGCGUUUGGGGCGAAGUCGUCCAGGAGGGCUGUCUGACUCUCCCGCUCCCGCUGGAGGAAGGGUCGACGAGACCCCUUCGAAGUCAUCGGAGUCCUCGACUCGAGAAGGCGAGCAAGUCCUGGAGCAGGCCACCGCCGCCGUCGCCGACCCCAUCCCCCCCGUCCAGGAUGCUCCGGACACCACCAGCUCGUCCUUCAAGAGACCCGAGGACUUUGAUGACUUUGAAGAGUGGUUCAACUCUUCCCCUCCUCCCUCCGACUUCAACGCCGCCGACCUGUCCUUCCUGCCUGUGGCUCCGGCCACUACCACCACCACCACCAACCAGGAUCUUUCUGGUUUGCAGGACGACAACGACGACAGCAUGGCCCUCGGGGACCUUCUCGGUUCGGUUCUAGGAGAGAUGAGUCUGCGCGACUCCGCCGAGGUUCGCUCGACAAGCGACCUCAUGGAUCUUGACCAAGAUCCCGAGGAGAGUACCAUCGGUCAGGAUCAGCUGGCAUCAGAGAUGGAGAUCGUCAGUGGUGACGACUCCGGAGAUGCUGGUCCCCUCCCUAUCCUCUCAUCUGAGAUGGACUGGGAGGGUGAGGAGAGUUCCGACAUUCUCAUGGGAGAUGUCGAAGCUCUCCCUGAACCACCGAUGGCUCUCACUCCAUCAACCACUUCCGCCGCGACGACGACAGCAUGGGUCACUGGGCCCGAGACUUCACACCCUCAACCCGCUUUCUCCCCCCUUACCUCACCUGCGACCGUACCAGACGUCGCCCAGUCGGAUCUCCAGCCUGAAGAGACCGACCAGUCACAAGAUGAGCUUGACGAGCUCGAGAGAGACCUGAUCGCAGCGUUCGAAGAGAACGACGACAGCAGUGACCCCGAAACAGUCAUACACAUUUCCCCUCCUGACCAACCCCAGGAAGCAAGCCAGGCAGAGAUGGCGAAGCGACACAUCUUGAAGCCCAGAUCUCGCAGAACCAAGGACACUAUCACCACCGCGCCGACCCCUAAACCUUCUUCUCAACCUCAGCAGGACACAGCUGCUUCUACCACCGCGGCGAACGAGCCUGCGCAUAUCCCAGCUAGCCAGAUAGGCAGCUUGAGCCUCCCAGGAGGCAACAUAACCACCAACACGCCGACCCCUACACCUUCUCCUCGACAGCAGCAGGACACAGCUGCUUCCCCCGCCGUGAUUCAGCAAGAGACUGUUCCGGCCAUUCAGAUGGGCGGCUUGAACCUCCCAGGAGGCAACAUAACCACCAACACGCCGACCCCUACACCUUCUCCUCGACAGCAGCAGGACACGGCUGCUUCCUCCCCUACACCAAAAGGCCCCCCCCGAAAGGGAUCUAUACUCUCAGAAACCCUCAUGACUGAAUCACCAGAGGAGAUGACGCCGAUUCAGACACCUGUUCGACGCGAUUCUACCCCCGCCGGAACUCCCAAAGACCUCCAAGAGGCAGAGCUCCAGAGGACACUUCGACGCAUACAGGCAAGGAAGGGGAAGAAGCCUCAGCUCUUCCACUCCAAGAAGUCAACCCCGACGAAAUGA